AUGAAGAAUGAUGUUGAAAAUCUUCUUUUGACCUUCUUGUAUCCUGAGAACUUUCUAUACCUGUGCAAUACCUCAUCGUUCUUCUACUUGAUCUUCUAUUACCUUAUUGCCCCAUACAUCUGUAAUUCGUCUUCCGCCAUCAUCAUGACCCGAACCCAAGUGCCCUACCCCUCUCCCGCUACCCUGACCAAGUUCCCUCACAUCCAUGAUGUCCCCUCCGAGGUGUCUCAUGCCCUCGACCCCUUCACCAUCACUACCUCUACUGGCUUCAUGCCUUACCAGACUGCCCCUACUGAGCUCCCCGAGGCCUUCAAGGCCCUUCAGUCUUUGGUGGAGCGCAUGCCCGUCCUCAGACUCGAUGGCAAGCCCGGUCUGCUGGCGACGUACGAGUUCGGCCCUGCGGUCGAGCGUGAGCUCAGUGUUGACCUGACCGAUGAGAUCGAGAAGCUCGUCCUGCCUGAUGGCUCGUAUGACAAGUUCACCAUGGCUGCCGUCUUCCGGGACUACACCUUCGUGGCCUCGUCGUACCUCCUUGAGCCUUGCUGGGAGAAUUGGAGAAAGAACCCGGAUGGGGGAUACGGCCUUGGUCGGCAAGUCUUGCCCAAGGCUAUUGCUCGUCCCAUGUAUCGUGCUGCUCAGAUUCUGGAUGUCCCUCCCUUCAUGUCCUAUGCUGCCUCAUAUGCUCUCUUCAACUAUACCCUCGCCGACCACUCCAAGGGUUUGGGCGAGUACUCUAACCUCCGUCUGGUCCGUGGCUUUGAGCGUGGGCUUGACCCCAAGAGUUCCGAGGCCGGCUUUAUCUUGACCCACGUCGACAUGGUCAAGGAGACUGGUGCUCUUGUCGCCGGUGUUCUCAAGGUGAUCGACACCAUCGAGCAGCAUGGCGAUCGCGACGAGAUCAACGACGGCUUCCGUGACAUCCUGCGCACCAUGGAAAAGAUUGAGGCAUCCAUGGAAGACAUGUGGGGAAACUCCAAGCCAGAGGAGUACCUCUCCUUCCGGGUCUUCAUCUUCGGCAUCACCAACCAGUCUAUGUUCCCCAACGGCGUGAUCUACGACGGCGUCGAGGACAACCAGCCCCUCUCCUUCCGCGGCGAGAGCGGCGCUAACGACAGUAUUAUUCCUCUCCUCGACCAUCUCUGCCAGAUCCCCAUGCCCGAGACUCCCCUGACCAAGAUCCUCCAUGAGUUCCGCGCGUACCGCCCCCGUCCCCACCGCGAGUUCCUGACCUACAUCCGCGAGAAGGCCGAAGAAAUUGGUGUGCAGAAAUACGCCGUCGAAGACUCUGAGACAGCGGUGCUUUUCCUCAAGACGCUCAACCACGUUCGCAGCUUUCGCUGGCGCCACUGGCUCUUUGCCCGCGAGUACAUUAUUCGCCGGACACCGCACCCGACUGCUACUGGUGGAAGUCCCAUUGUGACUUGGCUCCCAAACCAGCUCUCAGCUGUCAUGGAUCUCAUGGUCACCAUAUACGAUACGUACCUCGCGCCCAAGGAUGGUGUGACCAUUGUGAACGGCAAGGAAGAUCUGAUCGCUUCACACCGGAAGCAGGUCGAGCCAAUGAUGGAGCUUGUGCGCGACCAGAGAGUAAAAUUGGCCAAGGAGGUGGCGCGGUGGUGCCAGGAGCGUGGAGUUUAA